GUUUAAGUGCCCCUUUUUUGCUUUUAUUUUGAAAGGAAAGUCGCCCAUUCUUGGUUCGCGGAUCCUCACCUGACCCACAGAGCAGAGAGACCCGCCCCCUUGGAUCCGAGCCGUAAAGUGAUCUGACAGCCCCCAAAGUUUAAACUUUUCCUUUUUUUUAAAAAGAUGUCUAGAUUCUUUUCUAGAUAUUCUCUCUAGAAUCAACAUGCCCGCGGCCCAGCUAAAGAGGGAAUGUGUUUUCUAUUGUAAAACAUCUCAAUGUGACUCAUAUAACAAAAUGUGACGAUCCCAAACAAUUGUGCGCAAAAAGCUAGCACUGCUUAAAAUAUUUGUAACAUAUAAUUCACUUAACUGGCAUCAUUAACCCCUAGAAGACAACCAUUCAGAACUUUUGGGACUCAAGUUAUUGAAUCUCAAUCUUACUAAUCAUAUAGUUUAAGUGGAUUAAUCAACGACAACAUAACUGAUAACUCAACAAUGCCCAAGCGGCUCUUUUUACGCAUGCGGGUUGAUCCUGUGCCAAAUAAAGAAACUUGGUGACGGCUGUAUAGAAACCCGAGACACCAGCUCUGAAAGACCCAAUGGCGGAAUUCCCAGAGACCCUUAAGCUGUCCAGCAGCAGCCCCCCUCAACCAGACACCAGCAGGAGCAACACGUACUAACAUGUUGGAUGUCCUCUUAUCAUGGUUACUUCUUGCGCAAAAGUAGUCGCGUCGCUAUGUUUGACCCAUAUUUUUAUGACAGCCGCGCAAUAUGAAAACUAUAACUUCAGGAAUUUCCCCGCGGAGGAGCUCGCGCCCCUCGCGACCGCCUACGGACUGGCUUUGGACCAUUACGCAGCAGAAAAGUGGCCCGAAGCCAUCGAAUAUUUGGAAUGGAGUCUGCGUUUGCGCAGGCUCCUCAGAGACAGCGCGAGGCACUGCGUGCGCCACUGUGACGGCACCAAACACCGAGAACCGCCCUUCACGGGCAACCGGGACAUCCAGGUCCACUGGCGCGUUAUGAUGGACGCGUCUUGUCAGAAGAAGUGCAGGGCGCGUUUGCCCGCGUUCCAGCUCCCCGCUCCCGGCAGACAGAUCCUGGAAGAUUUCGACAGAAGGUCUCCCUACAGAUAUCUGCACUUUGCUUACUCCAGGCUGAAUGACCUGCAGAGGGCAGUCCCGUGUGCCUACACGUACCUCCAGAAGAACCCCGAGGACCAGGAGAUGCACCGGCUGAUGGAGGAGUACAAGAGGCAGUACGACCUGAGCGGAUACCUCACCGACCACGAAGGACAACCAUACGAGUCGUCCUUUCUGAGAGGAGUGAAACUCGCCAAUUCAGGCGCCUACAGCCGCAGUGUGGAACUCAUGGAGGAAGCUCUGAGGCUCUACUUGGACGAGUACGACCUCUGUCAGGCCGACUGCGAGGGGGUCAAUCAGCUUUCCCCGCACCAGGACUUCUAUGCAGCCAUGGCAGAUGUUUACGCCGACACAUUACGCUGUAAGCUGAAGUGUGAAGAAAACUUGAUGCCCAAUGUUGGUGGUUAUUUUGUGGAAACAUUUGUUGCCACUAUGUACCACUACCUACAGUUCGCCUACUAUAAGUUGAACGACGGCCGCCGUGCGUCGCCCUGCGCGUACAGCUACGUCCUCUUUGAACCCGAGGACGCGGUCAUGAGGCAGAACCUGCAGUAUUACAGAGCCUACGGCGAGCAGUGGGGCCUCCAGCCCGACCACUUCUCACCCAGGAGGGAGGCUGUAAUCCACUUCAACCACACAGUCACUCUAAAGCAGAUGCUGACAUCUGCAGAGUUGUACUUGAAGAUGGACGAUGAGGAUUUUCUUGGACCCGAGGAAGCUGCACUUUUUUCCUCCGAGUCUCCCGACAUAGAGUUUGAAGGGAUCGGAGACUACGAGGAGUCCAUCUACGCAGCGUGGAGCCAGCCGGAGGGCAAAGGAGACGCCGGGGAGCCAAAUACGUGAAGAGUGAGAAUGUAAUACAACGGUCGAUCCGAUAGACACCAGUGAUCCGUUUCAUUCUGAAACGCCAGCUUUUAUAAAACAACGUCUCCAAACCAAUCAUGGUUUGUUACCAUCUGGAUGAGUAAAUUACCUAAAAAAAAUAGGCUCCUGUAAGCAUGAACGUUAAUGUAAAAUGAUGUAGUUUCAAUUAACAGACUCGUAUGCUUGGAUGAAAAAAGAAUAAUUAUUGCAUUUGCUACAUCUGGAUAGCAGAAGAUUGAAUAUAGUCCGUACGCGUGUGGAAAAUACUUUUGUUGUUAAUGCUGUGAAGAGGCACAGAUACAAGGAUUUCAUUCCAGUCCUCCACAAACGCUGUGGAACCCCCCCCCCCCCAAAAGGUCAAGCAAAUAUUUAUGAAUUCAACCCGAUUCGUAAACAGGAAGAACUACACGUUGUUUAAAGUGAACUCUCACUGGUCCAAAAAACAAAAAACAUACUGCGAAUUUAAGCACGUCCAACGGAACACAGUCAGUGGUUCAGAUAUGUUUUAAUAUGCAUUUCAAUAUACAAUAAUAUGACUAUUUACAUUAUAGGCCGAGCUAAUACUGGUCCUGUUAGAAUAAACAAUGUGGACGUCCCUGUGUGAGUGAGUCCAACUAUACCAUGUGAGCGGGGGAACACCGCGGGACCGGAGCAUCGUCUUCGCAUUAGAUCCUUCACAGCGAGUAUUCAGCACGAAGAGCGUCCGAGGCCGAUUAAAGGAAAAACCCCGCUGACGGCCGUUCUAACCACACCUGCUGUUCAAAGUGAAAAUAAGUGAGCGUUUCGUAGUCAACAAUAAACGUCCAUGACUAAACUGCA